GGAUGACUUCACCUGGUUCUUACAUACACUUUGGUCGUAAGUGAUCUUGCUCGUAAGUUUUCGCGAAAAGUGCCUUUUUCCCUGAAACCGCGUAGUUGGAUUGUUUUAGGUGCAUUUUUCCAUUAAUCUACAAUAAUCUGGGUUAGCGUUUCUGGCGAGAUUUAUUUGGUCCAAAAGUAAAAAUGGUGUUUGAAAGCAUUGUUGCAGAUGUGCUGAAUCGUUUUGUAGGUGAAUAUGUAGAGAAUUUGGACAAAAAGCAGCUUAAGAUCGGCAUUUGGGGUGGUGAUGUUGUGCUCAACAACCUCAUACUCAAGCAAAGUGCCCUCAAAGACCUCGAUUUGCCUGUGACGACAUUAUACGGGCAUCUGGGGAAACUUAUUCUGAAGAUACCUUGGAAAAAUCUUUAUAGUGCUCCGGUCGAGGCGAUUAUAGACAAACUAUACGUUUUGGCUGUUCCUAACACGGACAUUCGUUUCAACGAAGAAAAAGAACAACGGAAUAGUUUUGAAGAAAAAAAAUCAGAACUAAUAAGAAUAGAAUUGGCCAAGAAAAAUGAAAAGGAACAGGAUAAAGAGAGCCAAGUGGCAGACAAGUCGUUUGCGGAAAAAUUAACAGCACAAAUCGUAAAUAAUGUGCAGAUAAAAAUUUCCGACAUACAUAUUCGAUAUGAAGAUGCUACUACUACAGGACAACCUUUCGCUUUCGGUGUUACGCUGAGUGAUCUUACCGUUCAUACAACUGACGAAAACUGGGUUCAUACGCUUGUAACGGACUCUGUUACUAAAGUAUAUAAAAUGGCUCAAUUGGAAAUGUUGGCGGUGUACUUGAACUGCAACACGCAGCUCUUCCAGCACUGUGAUAUAUCUGAUUAUGAGUCAUUAUUUGAAGAAUCAAUAGCCUCCAUGUCACGUAUCAAAUCCCCCGAACAUCAAUACAUCUUUGGACCGAUAAAUUCAAGUGCAUUCUUGGAAAUGACACCGAACCCGGAAUUAAGCGAAAACCCUUUUUCAUCGCCGAAAAUCAAGCUCAAAAUUUGCAUGGAAACACUGGCCAUAGGAAUAACUCAAAUUCAAUUUCAAAAAACGAUGCAACUUGUAGAGGCUUUCGGUCGAAUGAUACGUGCAUUGCCUUACAGAAAGUAUCGCCCGUAUGGCAUUGGAUAUAAAGGUAAUUUCACAGAAUGGUGGCACUUUGCUUACACUUGCAUACUAGAAACGGUUGUUCGUAGAAAGAGAAGCAACUGGUCGUGGGACCACAUGUUAAGGCAUCGACAAACUUUGAAAAAAUACGAAGAAGCUUAUCGCCAACAGCUAACUGCGAAAAAGGUAACCGCAGACUUGAUGAAUCGAUGUGAGGAGUUUGAGAAGAUUUUAGAUCUACACAACAUCGUGGUGGUUCGCCAGAAAGUAGCAUUAGAAGUCGAGAAAGAAGGUAUGCGACAACGAGCGGAAGAGCAAAAAUCAACCGGUUGGUUUAGUUCAUGGUGGGGUGGGACAUCUAAAAAAGAAGAAACAUCGGCUGCCGUCGAUAUCAAAAAAAAGUUCGAGGCCGCUAUGACUGCAGCAGAGAAAGCCAAACUUUUCCAAGCGAUCGGAUACCAGGAAAAUGUUAUUCCAACAGAACUCCCAGAGCAUUACAUAUCGCAGAUGCUUCAGUUUGAGCUUCGGUCAUUAGAAAUCUCAAUUAAAUCAAAUGUGUCGCAAGAAAGUAAAGCAGUUAAUCGGAUUAUGCUUCUACAAUUAAAAAACGUCGCUUUCAACAUCGAACAGCGUCCUUCGGCGGCUGCAAUCAAAGCAUCGUUAGGAAUGCAAGAACUUACCAUUUCUGGUCUUAAGCAAUCUGAUCAACUGCCUAUAAUGGUGAAAUCGCAACUUAAUGGCUCACAAGCAUUGCUUGACGUGUCUUUUGAAACAAAUCCGAUAGACAAACAAUGUGAUCAGCGUGUUGUGGUCCAUUCAAGACCAUUACAAAUGGUUUACGACGCGGAAACAAUAAUUCAAUUAGCAAAAGUAUUCCAAACUCCCCGAACGGCAACAAUUUCACAGCUGACGGAUGCUGCAGCAGAAAAACUGGUCAAUAUUAAAGAACGGUCUGCUACUGGUUUGCAAUAUGCAAUUGCAAAACAUCCACGCUUGGAACUAAACGUUGAAAUUAUGCCAAGCUACAUAAUUAUGCCUCAUGGAGGAUUUUUUUCAGCAGAAACAUCUGUGUUCGUCCUAAGCUUGGGAAAGUUAAUCGUAAAGACAGAACCGCGCCCAUUUAAUCGCAGGGAUGUGUAUACAAUGCACAGUGAAGGCAUAAACCAAGAUGAAAUUUUGUCAGAAAUUAUACGCCAGAGCUAUGACAAAUUUAUUCUUGAAGUGCGAGACGUGCAAGCAAUAGUAGCUUCUGUCGAUGAAGAAUGGUUUAACUCGCUAAGCAUGAACAUUGUAACCGAGAUGCAUGUUUUGGAACCAACAUCUUUUUGCAUUUCGGCACAUUUAUGCGUUAUUGAUGAUGAUCCACGCUUACCAAAAUGUAAGAUAUUUGGUAUUCUUCCAUCGCUCAAUAUUAGCGUUACCGAACAGCGCGUGUUGGAAGCAUUAUCAAUCGUUACCAGUAUUCCGCUGCCAGAAAAUACCGAACAGAACCAACCAACACCGAUGACCAAAGAUUCAAAUAUGCUCAGCUCCAGUUUGUCUUUGUUGAAAUAUUUAGAUGAAAAACAGUCUAAACUGCCGAAGAUGCAUCGUUCUUUGGAAUCGACUAUAAUAGAUGCCGUCGAUGGUGUAGUAAUACAGUUUAUUGAUUUGGAAGUCAAAUUCGAAUUACAUGAGUUUUCGCUAACUAUUUGUAAGUCUACCGGUGGAGGAACUGGUACCAGUUCGUCGGAUGUAUUUGCGACCCCAACAGAAGAGUUUUCACAGUCUCCAUUAGAGCAUCAAGAACCAAAAACGGUUUCCUUGAAUCUACAGUAUGCUGGAUCAACACGCACAAACGCGCAAAAAAUUAUGGCCUUCAAAGUAAGGUAUUUAGAAAUGGUCUUGGUACAGCGUACGUACGAUCUUAAGGUUGAUGUGAAACUAGGAGCAAUAACCUUGGACCAGUUCCGAGCGAGUGAUGGGCCUGACGUUAUUUUGAAUGUUAUUCAAACGCCAACAUAUGAUUCGGAUGCUGAUUAUUUAUUCACGGUCAAAUAUACGAAUUGUAAAAAAAACAGUCCUGAAUUUUUAACCAAGUAUGAAUCUGUUGAGCAGAAUAUUGAAAUUGGCUUUUCGACUCUUCUCCUGCUACUUCAUGAAGAAGGGCUGAACGAGUUAAUUCAUUUCGCAAACGAAUUUCAGCAGCGCAUGGAGAGUUUGACAAAAACAUCAAAUAAUGAGGAUAGUAAUAAACAGCAAAAGGAUCGUAUUGCAACAACUCACGGUGAAGAGAGUGCUGCUACGGUCCUCAUAAAUGCUGCUCGAGAGAGGCUACCAACAAUUUCAGAAGAUGGUACACAAGGUGCUGCUAGUACAGUAUCUCGAAAACGCUUGUUAAUUGUAGAUAGUGUCAAAGUCAGAGUGGUAUCAAGAUUGUUGGAUGUCACUGUGGAACUGCAAAAUGGUAAACGUUCUUUGGCUGUGUUAAAGUUCAAAAAUCUUACCAAUAGUAUCAUCAUGAAGACAUCGUACACUGAAAUUCAACUAAGACUGGAAAACAUUGUCCUCACGGAUACCAAUCCUGAAACGAUACAUAAUAACAUACUUUCCAUAAUAGGCGAUGAUGCUUUAUAUGUGCAAGUGGUAUUAUUUAAUCUAGACGCAACGGCCAACUAUAACUCGGAUAAUAUGAAAAUUGAAAUUGCAAUGGGAUGCGCAAGAAUAGUAUUUCUUAAUUGGUUUGUUACAUCUGUAUUAGCAUUCCUGGAUAACUUUCAGUUAGCUCAACAACGAAUCAAGGAUGCCAGUGCGGCAGCCGCUGAAGUCGCUAGGAACAAUGUAGUAGAGGCUUACACCCAAGCCUCCCGCAUGAAGUUAAAUAUCAAGGUAAAAGCACCUAUCAUCAUCAUUCCUGUAGAUUCGAAAAGCUUAAAGGCGAUAGCUAUGGAUUUCGGGCAUCUAAGUAUUACCAAUAACUUCCGUGAUGUUGAAACCGACAACCCUCAUGACGUUGCGGUCAUUGAUGAAAUGAAGAUCGAAUUAAAAGACAUGAAACUGGCAAAGGUGGAUGUGUCUUGUACAAAGCAAACAAAUGGUUCAUCACCGGGAAAAGUAGCUAGUUAUGAUUUCAUUGCUGACCAAAUUUCUGUAUUGAGCCCGACGAGUUUUACAUUGAUUAUGAAACGAAAUUUGUCUUCUGGUUGGUAUCGUGCACUUCCAGAUCUGGAUAUAUCGGGAAGAUUAAACACAAUAGAGCUUAAUUUUGUAGCCACCGAUUACUCCGUUAUGAUGCAGAUUAUAUCGAAAAAUAUGACGGAAGGGAAAGAGGAAUUUGAAAAGAAAACCAAAAUGGAAAGAAUUCCAGCAAGCUCUCAAGCUAAACCAAAUUGGUCAUCUGUAGCCAAAAAAGCUACCAACAAACCAUUCGGUGUAGAUAUUACUCAGCUAAAAACUACAGAUAUGAAAAACAUCGGAAAGCCCAUGGAACUCGGUAAAAUUGAAACAUAUCUGAAAUUUAACUUCCAAAUUGAUAGUAUCAAUGUAAAACUGUUCACUGCGCCCGGACAAGGUUUAGCUGUUUUCGAAAUCUAUUAUUUAUCGCUACAUGGAAGAAAGCUCACAGAUGAUAGCUUGAAUACAACAAUAGUUUUGUGUGAUAUGAGACUCGACGAUAUUCGCCCAAACCGAGAAAAUAUGCUAACAAGACUAAUGGAACGAAGAACUAAUGAUCUUUCGGGAAAUACUGAGAAUCAAGAUAUGGUUGAUAUAUCUACUUAUUCGUCGAUGGGCUCGCAUCAUUCCAUGAUAAACAUAACUCUUAGUAUGAAACAGAAUGAUGUGUAUGCAGAUAUUCUAGUCUCAAGCUUCACUUUGAUUCUAUCGGUAGAUUUUUUGCUUAAAAUACAGCAAUUUCUUCAACCAGAAGAGUUAAUUAACCGUAAACAGAUUAAUGUAACAGAUACUGAACAAAUAGAACGUUACAGACGUCCCAGUACAUCUGCACAUACUAUGCCGAAUACAGGCCAAUUAACUGUUAAGGUGAAAAUCGAACAACCUGACAUUAUACUGGUGGAAAAGAUGGACGAUAUCAACUGUUAUGCAUUGAUACUUAAUAAUGAAAUAUUCUUAAAUGUGCGUUUCAUUGGAGAACGACAAAUUUUGCAAGGCGAACUCAAAGAUUUAUGCCUGUAUUAUGCAGAAUUUAAUCCGGAACGACGAAACUCUACAAAGCAUUACGUCGUACGUCCUUGUUCGAUAAGUCUAAAUGGAUCUACUCCGGAAGGACUCGGACUUCAUCUGAGCAUCAACUCUACCGACAUUGAGCUGUCGGUUUCACCAGCUAUAAUUGAAUUGAUAAACAAUGCAUUACAAACGCUAGCCAGCAAAAACCAGACACAAUCAAACGAAAUGCAAUUUACAUACGAUUGGGAGUCGAUAUGGCUUGUCAAAGAAUACGAUCCUGAUGAAUACUGGUUCAUUCAGCCAGAGUUAGCUCAAGAUGCUUUAAGCCUAGAAUCGGUUGGUAUCAUGGAUACGAAAGAAGAAAAAUGUUUAAUUGACAUACCUUCCAUUGCACUAAUUGUGGAAACUGGCAUUGGUACCAAUACGAUCCCAAUGCUUUAUAUUGAGACAAGUUUGCAAGGAUCUGUUGCGAAUUGGAGCUCGGAAAUGAAAAUCGAUAGCUCUUUACGAUUAAGUAUGUCGUACUACAAUCAAUCACUUGCUUUGUGGGAAUACGUCAUUGAGCCAAAUCUCAUAGAAAAUUCCAACGGCAUAAGUCGAUACGAUGCGUGGGAACUGACAUUCACUAUGGAAGUGAAGAGUCAUGAGGAUCGUUUACGUGAACAGACUACAAAAAUGAAAAUUGCAUCAAAAGAAAAUAUGGAAAUGACAGUAACGAAAACUUGUCUCGAAGUAGUACAAAAUCUUGCGAAAGCGUUCUCAGAAGCUAUUAAACGGGACGGAAUUAUUAAACCAGAUGUUGAAGCUCCUUACGUGCUGCAGAAUGAUACUGGAGAGAUUGUAAACGUGAAUUUCAUUUCAAGUGACUUCCACAUUCACCAAUCCCAUUUCUCUUCGCAUUCUUCCUUUGAUCAAAUUGAAUUCAACCAAUCAGCAAAAGAAGAACACCUAAUAGACAGUUGCAGAGUGAUGCCGGGCGGACAGUUGAGUUUGCAGCCAAAACAACAUCAUAGUGAACGGAAAAUCUUAACGGUAUUGGAUGACAAAGACACGAGUAAACGAAUGUUUGUGAAAGUAACCAUUGGUGGCAAAGACAAAGAACUAACGUUACCAGUUUAUAAAUCUGACAAACGAUAUUUCCCUUUGUUCCGUAUGUCUGGACAAGAACCAUGGGGAAUAAUAUCUGAGGUCAAAAUCGAACAUGGUUGUACGAUUCUAGUACUUCGCAGCAUUGUACAAAUUUAUAAUCAUUUCACCGUACCCAUUGACGUAUAUCAGUUUAUCAACAAUGAAAAAUAUCAUCUCGGAGAAGUACGUCCAGGUGGAUUCCUAAAUGUUCCUUUGCAAUACCUAUACCUCGAUAGCAAGGAAUUACACUUUUCAAUGAAAGGGUAUCAUUCUUCAGCACAAGGUUUAAGUUGGAGAGAGUUCCCAAACAACUUAAAUCUCAUAAAAACUCUGCAAUGUGAUCCGAUAAAUACGUUUGAACCGUUUUAUAUUAAUGUGGCAAGAAAGCGGCUUGACGUUUUUUAUGAAGUCACUUCUAACCAUACAAUGAUGAGCGCGUGCUUCGAAAUUCAUUUGCGUCCUCCAUUCUUAUUGAGGAACGCUUUGCCCGUUAAUUUAACCGUAUCGGUUGCCGGUUGCACAGUUCGUCGCCAGAAUGAAUCUGGAAUAAUGAACAGUGUAGAUAAUUUUGCGUUGUCUCCUUCCGUUUCUGGCGAAGAUUUCUUAGAUUAUGGAGAAAAAAUAUUACGUCCUGGAGAGUUACUGCAUUUGCCUACCGUUAAAACAUCUGUACGUUCUAUUAAUGAAACAUCCUAUAUCGUGGCCAGGCUCAUUGAUUAUUUGGACAAAGAUUGGUCAAGUACUUCAGAAAUUCCCGCCCAACCCCCAGAGUUUGGAAUUUGGACAUUUCAUGCCUAUGACUCAGAAGAAAUCAUGUCUAUACAACUCGGCGUAAAAUACGAACAUCAUACUGAUGGAUUAACUUUAAUCAUUUACUGUCCAUUUUGGAUGCUAAAUAAAACAGGAUUGAUGCUUAGUUAUCGGAAAUCGAGCACAACGGAGAAAAGAGAACUAGCUGGUAAAAUAGCGCAUAAGGCAAACGAUGAAAAUACAAACAUUCUGUAUCACCCCCCACAAUACGAAGGACCAAUUCUCUUUUCAUUCCGAGAGAAGGCAUUCUUCGGAAAGAAAAAGGCUGCAGUAAGGGUAGAUGCGGGGGAAUGGAGUGAUAAAUUCUCUCUCGAUGUAGCUGGCUCUAGUGGAGUAGUACUGUGUCAGGCAAACGAUAUGACUUACGAAAUUGGAGUGAACAAUACUCUCACACACAAUUCUCUCACUAAGCAAAUAGUAUUCAUGCCGUACUAUGUGAUAAUCAAUCGAUCUAUGUUUGAUAUUGAAGUUCAGGAGCAUCUACGCUCAGGAGAUCCGUUUACAAAAGUGGGUGUAAAUGAGUGUGUGCCUCUCUGGCCAAGGAUGGAGGCGAGUCGAAUGCUGAUAGCAAAGAGUUGCGAUUAUCCUGAAGUAACAGCUCCAUUCAAGUACACAGAGGUGCAAUGCACUUUGUUACAGCUACGUAAUCGCUAUGGUGGCAUUAACGUGGACGUGCACGUAACCGAAGGUGCGGUAUAUAUCACAUUUACUGGCUACUAUCCGGGACAUGCGCCUGCAUUAAUUAUGAAUCAUACAACAGAGCCUUUCGAAUUUAAAGAAAAAGGAGAUGUUAAUUCAAAAAUAAUAAUGCCAAAUCAAAUGGUGUUACACACGUGGUCGGACCCUGCAGGAGAGCGCAAAAUCAUGUGGGAAAGUGGAUCAAAACCGCAAAAUAUCGAGAAUGACUUGCGUUGUGAUGGUAUCAGUGAAUUCAAAACAGCUGGUAACAAUGUCGUCUAUUGGGUGUCAUUUCUGAAUGGAACUCAACGUGUUUUGCUACUAACAGACAAUUGCAACAUAGCGUAUGGUGUUCAUAGCGCCAGUCGUCUUGAUCAAGUAACACAAGAAGUAAAAGUGGAAAUACAUGGCCUCGGAUUGUCGCUUGUUAACAAUACGAAAUGUGUGGACCUAAUGUAUAUCGGUGUGGCAAGCUCUGGCGUUAUUUGGGAGGAACAGAAAAGAUCCGGUCGCUUUAAACAGAUGAAAAUUCAAGAAACAAUUGACAUGGAAAAUCUGUAUCAACAGUUCAUGCGCGACCAGGAAGUGGGAACAUCGGCAAGUAAAAAGUAUAUGCUUCGCGGAGAUUCUCGUCAAGAAGUAGAUUUCUUUGGUAUGGUCAUCCAUAAAUCAACAAUAAGAUCGUUGAAACGCACCUUCUAUCCAGGACUCUGGGUCAAAAUAAAGUCAUCAAUCCAUCAACUGCAGUUCCAUGCAAAGUUAAAUCGAAUCCAGAUCGAUAAUCAACUGGCGGACCAUAUCUUUCCAGUGGUUCUUGCACCGGUUCCUCUACCAAAGAGUGUAGCUGCGACUACGGAGUUCAAACCCUUCGUAGAAAUGAGUAUGGUACAGCGUAUCAUCCCUCAUUCGAAUGUAAAACAAUUCAAGUAUCUACGCAUACUGAUGCAAGAAUUUCACGUUAAAGUUGAUCUGCUAUUUGUAAACGAAAUAUUUGAAUUGAUCAGUGCCGAGCAAUCUGAAAACGAAUCGAAACAACUUUUUGCUGAAGACUUAAAGCUGCAAACGCAACCAUUGCAUGCACAUGUGGCAAUCCAAUCACAACAGGAAGUGAAAAAUUUCUACGACAAUCUUCAUCUAGGCCCGUUGAAAAUACACGUUAGUUUCUCAAUGGCUGGUUCCGAGUCGAAAGCUUUGCCUGGCAUCCUCUCGACUAUUCUUCAGGGCGUUGGUGUCACGCUCACCGACAUAAACGAUGUUGUUUUCCGACUAGCAUUCUUCGAGCGUCAAUUCAAAUUCCUUACGCAGCAUCAGUUAAUCAGCGAGUGUGUUACACAUUAUAGUGGCCAGGCAUUGAAACAACUAUACGUGCUCGUUCUUGGUCUAGACGUGAUAGGCAAUCCAUAUGGUCUGGUGGUGGGAUUUACGAAAGGAGUGGAAGAUUUAUUCUACGAGCCGUUUCAAGGAGCUAUUCAAGGUCCGGGAGAGUUUGCAGAGGGUCUGGUACUCGGCGUUAGAUCGUUAUUUGGUCACACAGUUGGCGGUGCCGCUGGGGCAGUAUCAAAAAUCACCGGUGCUAUGGGUAAAGGAUUGGCAGCUUUGACUUUUGAUGACGAUUUCCAGAGAAAACGCCGCGAUGCGUUGAAUAAAAAGCCAUCAUCGCUUCAGGAAGGGAUUGCGCGAAGUGGGAAGGGAUUGGUAAUGGGUGUAUUUGACGGUGUAACGGGUGUUUUUACGAAGCCUAUCAGUGGAGCCAAAGAAGAGGGAGUUGAGGGAUUUCUCAAAGGACUGGGGAAAGGUGCAGUAGGACUAGUGGCACGUCCAAUUGCAGGUGUGACCGAUUUUGCCAGCGGAAGUUUCGAUGCAGUAAAGCGUGCUACUGAGUUGUCCGAUGAAACAAUAAGGCUUCGUCCCCCACGAUUUCUCCAUAAGGAUGGAAUAGUUAGGCCAUACAACCGCAGGGAAGCCGAAGGAUACAAGUUUUUGAGGGAAAUUGAUAAAGGAAAGUUUUGGGAUACGGAUUCAUACGCAUACUACGAAGUGAUGAUCGACAAUAAGGAUGUGGUCGUUUUGACAGACAACCGAAUCAUUUAUGCUAGUAAAAGUGACAUGUUUGGCGGAUGGCAGUCGGUAUGGUCCCACAAAUGGAUCGAAGUAUUGGGCAUAUCAAUGUUCUCCGAGGGAAUUGAACUUUUGCUGCGAAAUCGGGAUAACAAGUCGGUACUCAAGAAGAUGUUGAGCCCCUCCGGUGUUAACAAAAAAAUUCUUAUAUCCGUAUCAUCGAAGCGUGCUCGUUUGGCGGAAGAAAUAACGCUGCUUCUUGCGAAAUUAAAUGUCUGAAGCUGCUUUUUAGCAAAUUAAAAAUUAAUGAAGAUGAGCUAUUGCCUGUUAUCGAUUGUUUAAUGAGUUAAUGAGAAUGAGUUGUAGAUUGUUUAACCCUCAUUGGUCCCUGCAGAAUUGCAUCGAAUCGAAUCUUUCAAUUUUCCAACCUGUGCCAAAAAAUCUAAAACUAAAACUAACCACUUAACUAAAACUCCAAAACUAAAACUAACACAAAAAUACUACGUGUAGAAAAUUCUACAAAUUGUGUAGUAAAACCGGCAAAUCAUGUUUUUUUUAGAAAAAAUCGAAUAAACGUAAAAAGUACGUUUUUUAAGUGUUUCUUAAUUUUUUUGGCACAUCUCUUGCAAAUAUCAUAUCGAUGGUCAGUACAACCAUAUUUGGCACACUUUCACAACGUGUAGCAAAAAUAUUUUGAUUAGUUUUGUUAGUGCAGACGUGGCAAGGGCCGAUUUUGGUUGUUGCUUUUUAGUUUUAAUUAAUUUAAAUAUUAUGGUUGCUUUUUAAUUUUUUUCACUCCGAAAACAAUUCGACUAACGUAAUAAUAGCGUACUCUUAUUGCAUACUACAGAGCCAUUGGCCAACGAUUUAUUUUUCCUUUGCAAGUAAUGGUUUCCAUUUAAUCCAUAGCGUCAAUCCCUCCUUUAGUCUUCUUACAAAUUCUCAAAUAUGUUUGGCUUUUUCUUUUUUUCAUUGUUGUUAAUACUCACAGCAGUUUAGUACAUGCUCGACAAAGUAACAUAUUGCAAGUGACGGCAACAUAAUGGCAUGUAAUUUGUGGUCACAUACAUCUUCGGUAGAAUAUAUUAGCUUUGUGCGUAUAUCAAUCAAAUGCCUUUGAUUUGUUAUUAAAUGCCUUUGAUGGCAAUAGAAUUGCUUUCCUAUUUUCAGUAAUCGUGCCCAAAGCCAUACGAUUUUUAUUCAAUUCUUCAGCCUAAUCAUGUGAAGCAAAAAAAUUAUCGCAUGUUACAUUUCGGUCGGAUAUCCUUUCUGUCAAAUCCAAAAAAAUACACCGGCCUAAAGCGGCCAAUAGACGAUCAACUUUAUUUGUCAACUCUUGCAUGCAAGUCGAUUGACACCAAUAUAUUUAUCGUGUGUGGGCUAUUUGAAGCUUCUGUCAAAAAAGUUGAAGAUUUUCAGAAAGCUGAAAAUAUAUUGAUGAGGCUGAAUAUUGGUAUCGUUAGAGCGGUGCCAAAUAUUAAACAAAUUACAGCGACGAAAACGAUGCGCCUGUGGCCCUGAUUGAUGAAACAUUAAGGAUUAGUCCAAUGUUGCUUAAAGCGGCCCAUAGACGAUCAACUUUAUUUGUCAAUGUUUUUAAUGCAAAAAUUGCAUCGCACUGUCAUUUUAUUUUUAUUCCUCGUAUUUGGGCAACAUUGGACUAAUCCUUAAUGUUUCAUCAAUCAGGACCACAGGCGCAUCGUGUUCGUCGCUGUGGCCCACAGACGACGCCAAUAUUCAGUUUCCUCAAUAUAUUUUCAGCUGGCUGAAAAUCUUCAACUUUUUUGACACAAGCUUCAAAUAGCCCACACACGAUAAAUAUAUUGGUGUCAAUCGACUUGCAUGCAAGAGUUGACAAAUAAAGUUGAUCGUCUAUGGGCCGCUUUAAAUACGAGGAAUAAAAAUAAAAUGACAGUGUGGUGCAAUUUUUGCAUUAUAAACAUUGACAAAUAAAGUUGAUCGUCUAUGGGCCGCUUAACCCUCGGUUGGGCACCCGGCGUUUACCCCUUCGUUGGGCAUCCGGGUACCCCACUUAUGUGUAUUGCAUAGUAAAGUUAUUGUUCCGCUGUUUUUAUCAGUUUUAUACCAAAAAUAGUGUACUAGAACUAAUUUAAGAGUAUUAAUAACGUGAUUUUGCUUAAAAAUCACAACAAAAUCCAAUAAAAAACAAUAAAAACAAUGAAGACAAUA